AUGACUUCCAACCCGGGCCAAAUCUCACCCCUUCGAGGCAUUACUCGACACAUCACCGGUCACAAUGACGCCGGCAGAGCAGUGAUCCAUUCCACGACUCCAGGCCAGUGGCAGUCGUUCGAAGAAAGCGCAAUGGCUUUCAACGUUGUUUACACGUCCCAAUUCCCCGCAGACCUCAACAACGAAGCCGACAUCAAGAAGCACGAAGAAGUGCAACAGAAAGAGCAGCUUGGCCUGGUCAACCCUGGUGGCACUGUGUGUCGCAUUGUCGAUUUUGCGCCCAACAACCAUGCCGUUGUUCAUCGCACUCAGAGUCUUGAUUACGGUGUGGUCCUUGAGGGGGAGAUCGAAAUGAUCCUGGAAGAUAGCGAGCCUGUCAUCAUGAAGCGUGGGGAUGUCGCAGUACAGCGGGCUACAAUGCAUGGAUGGCGCAACCCCAGUGAGACGGAAUGGGCUCGCCUGUUGUUCGUGUUACAGGAUUGUCAGAAAUUGUCGGUUGGUGGCAAGGAACUAGGAGAGGAUCUUGGAGUGGCCACUGGGGUUCUCAAGCCCAGUGGAAAUUAA